GGGCCGCCAGUGGUAUGACCGUGUAGCUCGCCCGACUCCACCAUAGCCUCUGCUGCUCCACAGCCAAAACUACUUAUCAUUUGGCUAAGCACUUAGCGCUCGCAGCGAGCACCGACUAUCUGGAGGCUAUUACAGCCAUUUAGGGUCUUGGCUUGUAGAUGGACUGAGAAGAUUUCGAAUGCAGUUUUCUUGGUUGUGAUUUUUUGUUAAUGUAUGGACUCGGUGGACAGCUCAGUAUCGGACUCAACAGACGGUGGUGAGAAGAAUGUGGAGUCGUGUGUGCCCGGAGAAUCAGCUUGUAUGCCGCUUUACGAAGAACUCGAUGCCGCAAAAACCAAUUCGGAAUGGAGGAACCGGAAAAGUCUGUCCAAUGAAAAGUACAAAGGAGAACUAAUAAAUCAGGGAAAAUGUUUAUGCGGACAAUAUAUUCGAGCGCGUCUUCGCCGCGCUGGAGUCUUAAAUCGGAAAGUAAUACAAAGAUUACGUGCAAUUUUAGAGCCUUCAUCUAAUGUAGUUUACGAAGUGUACCCGGCCCUGAAUUCCAUGGGCGAAGAAAUUGAACGCCUCCAUCCUCGUCUCUAUACAAACGUAUCUCGUCAGCUAUCAAGCGCUCCAUUCGGGGAACUUCAGGAUGGCGACACAGCGCCGAUGCUACUCAAUCUGGUUGCCAAAGAAUUAUUUAAAACGAACAUUACUUGGGGUAAAAUCAUAUCUGUAUUCUCAGUAUGUGGAGGCUUCGCCAUAGACUGUGUUCGCCAGGGUCACUACGAUUACCUGCAAUAUCUCAUCGAUGGAAUGUCGGAAAUAAUUGAAGAAGAUCUCGUCCAUUGGCUGGCCGAUAAUGGUGGCUGGUUAGGCUUAUUGAAACACAUACGACCGCCCGAAACGAAAUAUUCAUUUCUUGGUUGGCUUACGAUGUUCGUGGUUGUAUCGUCGGCAAUAUAUUUAGUAACGAACAUAAUGAGACACAUCGGAUGCCAUGUAUAUUCGUUUUUAUUUCAUAAAUGACUGUAGUUUAGUGGAUACUUUUACGCCUAUCGUUUAAAUUUCCUUUUGAUCAUGCUGUUCUCAAGUUUUCCCAUUUCUUCGUAAGCAAUGCGUCACAAGUACUUCAACAAUUUUCAUGUAGAGUUAUAGUUGCAGAGGGAUAGAUGUUAAAAUAUAUUUUUGUAAUUGCUUUGGUUAAUCUGAAUGGCAGUGCCAACUUUUAAUUAUUGUUGAAACAUUUUAUUGUUAAUACUUUAUAACUUUGUAUUUAUUUUCAUACUUUAAGUUUUGAGAAAUACAUGAAUAUUUUUAAUAUA